UGGAAGAAUCAAGGGGCGGUGCGUUGUUUUGCGAUCACAGAAGCGCACUGCACGAGACAUCGGCCAAGACUACAUCGUAUUGAAAUUUAAAAACAACAACGGGAAAAUGGACUUCAGUUUACGUGAUGCCUUCACAGGCGGCGCACCUAAGGCGACUCAGGAGAGUCUGUUGAAGAGAGAUUUCAUGGCAGAGUUAGAGGCGCAGACCUUUGAUGAUAAAGUAGGUGAGACUUGUGGAAAGACAGAAUAUCGCCCCCUUGUGGAUGGGAUGGAAGGAAAGAGGGAAGGGUCUGGCUUCAUGUCUGGAGGCCAGACUGGGGGUCUUCGUCAAGACCCUCAAGGAGAGAUCCGUCCCAGUUCGCCUGGACAGUAUGCCUACAAGAAUGACUUUCAAUCAGGCCCGCCCUCAAUGAUUGGAAUGCCUGCCCAAACGGGACACCAGCAGAUGGGAUCUACAAUGAAAGAUAACAGCAGGGACUCCUAUUUGGGGUUCUCCCAGCCUGCGGGUAUGAAUAUUAACGUUGGCAUGGCCCCUUUCCAUAACUCCAAGUCCCCUGACCUUCAGAAAAAGACUUCACCCUUGUUUGCCUACGAACCACCCAAACCAUCCCAGAUAACUUCUAGUCCAAGUGAAACAAGUCCUCGUAACAGCCAGGAAUAUUCUCCAGAAGUUUGGGGAAAUCCUCGGACAGGUGUUGAAAUGCUCUCUACGGAGCAGUCCCAUGCCCUCAACAAGACAGAGCAGAGUUUCACCAAUCUCUUGGGUUCCCAGAGUCAAGAUGCACCGUCUGGGGAAGAACAGUCCAUUGAGGAGGAAACAGAGAAGCAGCAAAAGCGAAAAAAGAAGAAACGCAGGAAUAGGGAAGAAAUGUAUGACUUCCUGGAUAGCCUUGGUUCCCCUGAUUCUGAAGAAACCCCAUCGGAAAGCUCCAACCACGGCUGUCCUUCACCCCCAAGUGAGAUCCAAGAGCGAGGGGGAGGGUGCAUCAAGGCAAAGAAGAGCAAGAGCAGGAUGAAGCUUCCCGAAGAGUGGGGUGCUCCUGCAGGAAAUAGCAGCAAAUCUGGGUUUUCUCAGCCUAAUACGUCCAAUUUGAUGGACAUAGAUUAUAGCUCUAAUCUGGGUGACUCUAAGACACAAUCAAAAGUUAGCAUUGGUCAAGGGAGUCUGUCGCCCUCUUUCACACCCAAUUCUCUUAACCUCACGGACACACAUGCAUGCAAAACCCAACCAACUGGUCAGGAAAACACCUCCUUAUUCUACAGUUUCCCUGGCACCACUCCCACUCAUGUAGAUGAUGAAGAUAAAACUUCCAAUGAUAAUUUAGGUGGAAAAACUAAAUUGGCACUGCCUGGUAUUCACCCCUUAAAUCAACUACCCAUUGACUCAAAGAAUGACCAUACACACUCAACCGAUCCUAACCAGUCAACCUUCACCCUCAGCCCAACACACACAGUCAUGUUACUCGACUCAGUGCUACAGGAGCAGACCCCAGAUGCAAGCCCCCCAUCUCAGAGCACACCUGUGAAAACCCCUCUCCCUCAUAUCCCUGCCCUAGAAUCUGGUCCCAACCCAACCCAUGGCCCACUGACCAUCGGCACCGAUAGCCCUGCCUCCCAGAGUACUCUAACUACCAGUCACUCCUCCCCAACAGUCCCACCUGAGGCACAACCUUUCGUCCCGUCACUUACAGAGAAGCAGGAGCCCCCGCUGGCACAGCCCCCCCUACUGGAAGAAGACAAGACGGGCAAAGAAAAAAUGGAGAAGGUGGACAACAUAAACAUUACCGAAAAGCAAGAUAAGCCUGAAAAGAUGGAGAAGAUCGAUCAUCUGGACAAGAGCAACGAGAGCACAAAGAAAACAGACAACGUGGAUAAAACUCAGAAGAAUGAGCAGAUCAUCAAAGAUGAGAAGACAGCCCAGAAAGAGGAGAAACAAGACAAUAAGGUUGAGAAAAAUGAGAAGAUUGAUAAACCUGAGAAGACAAACAAAGAGAAAGAGGAAACGAAGGAGCAUGGAGAAAAAAUGGACAAGACAGCCAAAGCUGAGAAGAACGUCACAGCUUCUAAAGGACCUGCCAAAUCCCCAACAGCUAAUGGAAGCAAGCCGGUGACGAGCCCUGACAGUAAAGCUAAGCCUUCAGUUGGGUCAGCCAAACAAAGCUCAACAAGACCAAACUCGCUGUCCACUGGACACAGUGCUGCCACCAAACGCAUCUCCCCCACCACCAACUCUGCUAACAAAAAAAGUCCAGUGCCCAAGGCAACAACCCCCACCACCGGCACCAAGAAAUCCCCCACCUCCAAGUCCGCUGAGAGUGGCACAGCAACUCAGCGCCGCCCUCCAGUGCCAAAAGCUAAAGCUGCAUCUGCUACCAACUCUAAAACUGGCACCAGCACCCCUGCAACUACCACGUCUGCUCGUCACACCCCCACUACAAAACCUGAAAAUCACGCAGGAGAGGUGAAAAAGACGAGCGCAAAGACAACACCAGUUAAAACUACCCCAAAGUCAGCCCGCACGCCAACCUCUGUUAAUGCCCCCAGCACAGACGGCACCAAUGGGACCCCUCGUCCCUCUCGCAUCACCAAACCCCCCGUGCCCAAGCAGACACCCUUGGAGAGGAAGCCCCCUGUGCCUCGAGCACCCCGAAAUGUCCGGCCCACCAAUGCACCUAUGCCUGAUCUGAAACAUGUACGUUCCAAGAUCGGUUCUACGGAUAACAUAAAAUACCAGCCUGGUGGAGGCAAGGUCUCUGCAGCCCAGGGCAAGGCCGAUGCUCUGCCAAAGACCAACCAGGGCAAAGUUCAGAUAGUCCACAAAAAACUGGACUUCAGCCAUGUCACCUCCCGAUGUGGCUCCAAGGACAAUAUCAAGCAUGUUCCUGGAGGAGGAAAUGUUCAGAUUUUAAAUAAAAAGGUUGAUUUGAGCAAAGUAACUGCAAAAUGUGGAUCCAAGGAUAACAUAAAGCAAAAGCCAGGUGGUGGUGAUGUGAAGGUUGAAUCCCAAAAUAUGAACGGCAAGGACAAAGUGGGAUCACUAGAUAAUGUAGGCCACGAACCAGGAGGUGGAAAUGUCAAGGUUGAGGGGGUUCAGCAGAAAUCUGAGGGAAGCCCAUCUUCUCCUGCCAUCUCUCCACAAUCUCAAAUGGGCAGUGGGGCAAAGGAGAACGGUUUAAAUGAGGUCACUCCUACCCCUGUACCCUCUAUGGGAGAGGGGCCCCGGGACUCCCAGGGCCUGGACAAACGCAUUCCUGGGACAAAUUAAGUCUUACAAGCUGAACAUCCGCGAGAAAGCACGAGCUCGCACGGACCACGGCGCAAAAAUCAUCUAUUGGUCCCCCCUGAGUGGCAGCCACCCCCACCCACAUCGCAGCACCUCUUUCAGUGUUUCUCUGGGGU